CCCGUGCGCGUGGCAGCAGGCGGCACCCCCGUGCGGAGCUAGCGCAGUUUUAACUUUCGCAGUCGCACGCUUGCGUCGAACGGCAGCUGCAGCUGGUCAGCUGAGUGAUGCGUGGCAUUCCCGGAUCGCUGCCGCUGCGCGAGUCGUCUCUCUGUGUUGGCUGUCGUAGUCGUCGUCGUGUUCGACGCCCGGCGAGGUUCUCCCAUCGCGGCGGCCGGAUAUAACUACUUCCGCGGGACGUUUCUUCUCCACGGUGUGGUGAAGCGGAACUAGACCGAAAGUCGACGUUCUCGCACCUACUCUUUUUCUCUCUCUCUUUCUCUCGCGCUUUCCCUGGAGUUUGGCCCGAUUUGUGGACGGCCUCCCCGCGUUUGGAGAGAAAAGAAAAAAAGUUCGACGUUUACUUUUUGGCAUCGGAGAAGUGCUGGUUUAUCAUACGGAGACUGUCUUCAACAUCCGUCGUCGCUGUGUGUGUGUGCGUGUGUGUUUUUUUCUGUCUCUCGCGAUCUAUUGACGUGCGACGCGUUUGUAUACGGUCCGUGCGGAUAUUUCUUUGACGGUGACCUUACCUGUGUUCGGAGAAGGAAAGAAAAAGAAAACGCAUCCGUGGGUGUUGCGCGAGAGUUGUUGCAACUACCGAGUUCUCCCUCCCUUCUGGUGACACCGGGUGUGCUCGAAACAGGAAUGCGUUUCGAAGAAGCUCCGUGGAGUGACACCCGUCGCACCACUGGCUACGUCCUUCGCAAGGAUCCCGUCAACCUCGCUGGCCAUGGCAAAGUGGACAUGUCCAACUUCGAGCUUCUACGCGUUCUUGGCACGGGAGCCUACGGAAAGGUGUUUCUGGUGCGCAAGGUUGGUGGCCAGGACCACGGUAAGCUGUACGCCAUGAAGGUCCUCAAGAAGGCGUCCAUCGUGCAAAAGCAGAAGACGCUAGAGCACACGCGCACGGAACGGCAGGUCCUUGAAGCCAUCCGCCAGUCACCUUUCCUGGUGACACUCCACUACGCCUUCCAGACGGACGCGAAGCUGCAUCUCAUCCUUGACUAUGUCAGCGGCGGUGAGCUGUUCACGCACCUCUACCAAAGAGACCACUUCACGGAGUCCGAAGUCCGGAUCUACAUAGGAGAAAUUGUGCUGGCUCUCGAACACUUGCACAAGCUGGGGAUAAUCUACCGCGACAUCAAGCUGGAGAACAUCCUCCUCGACAGCCAAGGACACAUCGUCUUGACAGACUUCGGACUGAGCAAGGAGUUCCUUCCGCACGAGAAGGACCAGAGGGCGUACUCGUUCUGUGGCACCAUUGAGUACAUGGCUCCCGAAGUGGUGCGCGGUGGAAGCACGGGCCACGACUUCAGCGUCGACUGGUGGAGCGUUGGGGUGCUCACGUACGAGUUGCUCACGGGAGCAUCGCCCUUCACGGUCGAGGGCGAACGGAACAACCAGGCUGAGAUCUCCAAACUUGCGUCUCCUGAAAAACCUGAGGAAGAGGGGAGCCUUUCAACAGACGUGUUAAUUAGGAGGAUACUAAAGAGCCAGCCACCGAUACCGGACAGCAUCUCUGGUGACAUCAGGGACUUCAUCCAGAAGCUCUUAAUCAAGGACCCGAGGAAAAGGCUCGGAGGUGGGCUUGAUGAUGCCCUUGAAAUAAAGAGACACAGGUUCUUCAAGGGCCUAGACUGGGAGGACCUCGCAACAAAAAGGAUUGCAGCGCCUUUCGUUCCUAAGAUUGCUGGCGAACUGGAUGUGAGCAACUUUGCAGAAGAGUUCACUUCCAUGGUUCCUGCCGACUCUCCAGCUCUGGCGCCCGUCAGCGAUGACAAAGUGUUCAAGGGUUACUCCUACGUCGCUCCAUCUGUGCUGUUCAGUGACAACAUCCUCACCGACGAGCUCCUCGGUUGCCCCAGUGAGAGCCGGCCGAACAUAUCACAGCUGCUUGCUGCCAAGUUCAAGAACUCUGCAUUCUUCCAAAACUAUGACCUCAUCGCACGUGAAGGAAUUUUGGGUGAUGGAAGCUACUCAGUCUGCAGGAAGUGCAUCAACAAGAAGACGGGCCUUGCUUACGCUGUCAAAAUUGUGAGUCGCCGCAUCGACACCAACCAGGAAGUGCAGCUUCUCAAGGUGUGCCAGGGACACACCAACGUUGUGCAGUUUGUGGAGGCCUUCCAGGAUGAGGCACACACAUACAUCGUUCUCGAGCUGCUGACAGGCGGGGAGCUCCUCGAUAGGAUACGCAGGCGGGCACGCUUUACGGAGAGCGAGGCGUGCCGCAUCUUUCGUCGCCUCGUCUCCGCCGUGCACUUCAUGCACUCUCGGGGCGUCGUGCAUCGAGACCUCAAGCCAGAGAAUCUGCUGUUCACAGACAGCUCAGAGAAUGCCACCAUCAAGGUGGUGGACUUUGGCUUUGCGCGGCUGAAACCUCAGGACAAUCAGCUCAUGAAGACACCCUGCUUCACGCUAAACUAUGCUGCUCCGGAAGUCUUGAGGCAGGCCAGCCCAGGCAACGCUGCUGCAGGCUACAGCGAGUCCUGUGACCUUUGGAGCCUCGGCGUCAUUCUGUACACAAUGCUGUCUGGGCGGGCACCUUUUCAAACGCCAAGUCGCAACGCCAGCGCUGCCGCACUGAUGCAGCGGAUCCGUGAAGGCGAGUUCAGCUUCAAUGGCCCCCAGUGGGAGCCUGUCUCGGACCAAGCCAAGGACGUCAUCCGCGGCCUGCUCACCGUUGAAGCGCCGCGCCGUCUGACCAUGGCCGAGCUCCGCGCGCAUCCGUGGGUGCACUCUCGAAGUAGCCAUUGGUCGGCCUCCCUCAUGACACCAGACGUCCUCAGCUCAUCAUCCUCGCCGCGCGCUGCUGAAUCGGCCGUGCGGGCAACCUUUGACGCUUUCCACCUCGCCACUCGUGGCGGUUUCCGCUUGCUUGACGUCUCGGCCGCGCCCUUGGCUCAGCGCCGGAGGCUCAAGCGCAACUCUGCAGAUGUGCGGAGCGAUUCUUCAGUCUCGACAAGCAGCGGGAGCUCCUUCACGUCUACGUCGUCUUCCUCCUCGUCUGCGUCGCUCAGCUCGGCCGCAGCGGCUUCGACGCGUUCGCUGGGCUUUGUGCCGGCACGCGAGGACUCAGCUCGGAGCGUGGACAGCGUCUUCACGUAUCCGGAGACCAAGGUCGCAGCCUACCUUUCCACACUUCCUGAUGUGGUUGAGAGGCCCAGCGAGUCCGGGAUCACUGACGACAUUGAGACCAUGACCGUAGACCUCGCCACCACUGGACUGGCUGCACCCUCGGUCAACUCCAGCAAGCCGGAAACUCCCACUUUGCCGGCCACCGUGGCCACAGACUCGCCAGAAAGCCUGCAAUGCAAAGAAGCAAGGGUUGCUGCAUUCUCACUGCCAACGAUACCAGAGGCAGCUGAAACGUCCGACGACAGCCGAGCCGAGGUCAUGGCCAGCACAGAACAAGCACUGCUUGAUCCCGAAGGGCCCAUUACGCGCUCUCGGAGGAAGAGGCCCUCACCGCAAGAUAGAACGACAGUUCCGGCAAGUUUUUCAGAUGACGGGUCUGAAAAGAGUGAACCAAACACUAAGAAGUCAAAAAAGCGGUCGCCACAGAAGUCGUCUCCAAGCCGGAAACAACGGUAGCACAGGCCUAGAAACCUAGCCAUUUUAACAUUGUUCACACAUUCAUAGCUUCAGUGGCAGAGGGGUGUAGUGUAAUAGUGUUUUUGGCUUCAUUUUUUUCAUUGUAAAUUACAUUAAGUCAUUGCAUUGAUGUUUUAAUGAAAUGGGAACCCAUAAAAUGAAACUAUGGGGUAUUUAUAAUAAAGGCAUUGAAUGUGUUCCCUUCAACGAUGUCAACCAUGCUGAACUCGUGUUUCAAAGUGGUUUUUAUUAAGUUAUUUCCUUGCAACAGAGUGGUAGCGCAUAUGUGGUGGCUGCUGGAAUGUGUCUAGAAAGUGUGGUGCGAAGGCACGCUACAAAAGGAGAAUUGAAGUCACUGGAAUGACUGGACUGCAGAAUUUGCAGCAGGAUUGCAAACGGAAUCGACGCACUGAAAUGAUCAUUUAUAAAUCUCGGAAUGCACCGAUGGAGUAAAUGAGCUUCUGCCAGACUCGGACAUCUCGUCGUUGAUGAUGGAAGCUGCACCUCCAAGCAAGCCUGCGUUGUGACGCACAAGUUUCCAUGUCAUUCUCAGCGGAUACAGUACAGCAACGUUGUGAAAGACUACUGCCUUUGCUGCAAAACACGACGAGCCGAUUUCGUUAGGCCGGCAACUAACACUGCAUGUUGAAGGAAAAAAAAAAGAAAGAGAAGCUAGCAUGAUGAGCAUACAAGCAUAGUACUACAUUCAAGAAACUUACAAGAUGCUCUUAAUUGUGAGAAAGCAAUUUAAACAUAGCUAUACUCCUUAAAGCAUAGAAAUGAGUGGUGAUUUAGGAGCUUUUAUUAGAGCCAAUUUUGCCUACAUCUAUUUAUCGUUAUGGCAGUUAUUUUUGUCUGUUCUUGUAGGGCUGUCUAUUACUCAAGAUUGUGACUAAGUGUUGGUUAUAAUUGUUAUCUGCGGGUUUCUGUGAAACCACCUUGCAUGGUUUUUAUUCCAUUAUGAGUGCCGACGCGUAAUACCUUGCCAUUGUUGCUUGUUAGCCACAUGUUAGUCUGCCUCAUCAUUCCUGUACAGUUCAUCAACGAGUUGUGAUCGUCAGCUGUGAAUCUUGCCAUCGUGUCUGUAAAAAUUUGUUCUAAUCAGUAAAGCAGAGCUUUUGAGCUAGCCAUGUGUUACCACAUAUAAAAAGCAAUAGUAUAUGCUUGAUGAUUUUUUUUAAUAUUGAAGCUGUCCUCAGAUUUGCUGCGAAUGGCUUUUUAUUUGGCAUUUCAUUUUUUUUGUCUCUUUUUCUUCUUGACACUGAUUUUAGCAAGCGCUCUUGCAGAAUUGCGUUGGCUAUCUCUGGGAUGCCUUUUGCAGUGCUUAAAAUCUGCGACGAUUCACCUGCUGUCUGUUUAGGUAACUGUCUUGCGAGAGAAGGUUGUUUUGAUGCUUCACCGAUCUUAGGUGCUGUUUCUCACGGUGAUACAAAGGUAGAGGGAAAAUGACUGCACACUUGUGCUCGUCCCGUUCUCGACUUUCUUGUUGAAUUUGCACACAUGCUGCAGCGACGCCGAGUUACAAAGCCGAGAAGGUAUUUUUAGAUACAGAAAUGGCCUUUAAAUAUUUACAUCGGCCGCACAAGCUAACACAAAGUGGCCUUGUCUUCAUGCGUGCCAAUCUGCUGUAUCGUUCGUGAAUUGACAGGCAGUUACUGCUGUAGCCGUUUCUUGCUCCACAUAAGUGAUGAGGCAGACACUCCGCGGGAUAAGUUGAGGCUCUGGAGUCGCCGCUGCCUAUCGAUCUAUAUCCCACACAUAUGUUGCUUGUAGCCGUCUGUACGGUUAGCUGAACAAUGCUUUGCCUAGAUGCUGACAUUAUAAUGGGGUUGCCAUCAUUAUUUUGCAACUACCAGCUGCCAGAAGUCAGGCAAGGGAAACAUUGCUAGACACAGUUUUAGGAUGUCUAAGAAAUUUGAACAUCACAAAAAAAAAUAAUAAUAAAGAAUGAAGUUGUGAUAAAUUUUGUACACUUGAAAAACACAAUGCUCUGUGAUUACAUUAUUGAGUGCAAAGCCAGGAUGUAACAGUACACGAAAGGCUGUAAAUAACACACACCGCUACUGAGGAUAUUGGGGAGUAAAACUCUGGGCUUGAAGUUUUUAUCUGGUUAGUGGCAAUUCACUCAGUCGAGUUUGUCUUUUUGUCGCUCUGUCAAGCUCAUGGAUGUUCUCGUCACAUAACUUUUCAGUUCUUCAUCUGAAGAGUAUGGAGCAAAAUCCAGCAAAUACGUGCCAGUUGAGCCAGCAACAAUCGUUCUCAGUGAAAAAACGGUUGUGCUUGGAAAAACUAUAAAAGUGACAGGCCCCAUAAUGGUAUCGAAGGAGAUGAAAUUCUUAGGGCCUUUGGCGCUUUUCUCCCUUGAGGGAUAAAAGGUACUUGUUUCAUUAUCACCAUGUUAAUUUAUGCACUGGUGACUAAGAGAUGCGAUUCUCGUGAAAGUAAUCUGAAAAAAAAAAAAGUGUGAUAUUGACAAGUUCGAGCAGAGUCGCACCACUUGUACUUGUCUUUGGAAAUAUUUGUUCAAUGAAGAGGUGCUGUCAUGACUUGCUGACAGCUGUCAUAACAAAGUCCUCAUGUACAUCACCUGCGUGCCAACUAUUGGCGUGAAGCUGCCUCUUAAGAAACCAUUAUCGAAUUGCUGUUGACACUUAUCAUCUAAGAGCAAUCACUUCAAAUUACUGUGCCGAUUUUCUUACAGAAAAACAAUCUGUAUUCUCGUAAUUAUGUAUGUUCUUCCGCAUGAUUUGUAUAGUGUGGAAUCAGUACAGAGUUCAUAUGAUACCCACACAAAUAAUAUGGAUAACCUACGGAAUUGUGAAACUGUGCAUCGAACUUUCGGUAGAGUCUGCACAGACAAAGACAAAUCAGUGAGAUUCAAGGUGAUGGCCUGAAGCUAGAGCCCAUGAGCAGAGCCCCAGAAGUUACCGGGGAACAGAAAAUAUUUUUGUACUGCAGCAGUGGUUGGCUGUGAUCGUCUUAAUGCGAGGCUGGAAUGUACAGUGAAAUAAUGCCUGCUUUAUUGAGUGACUUGGUGACAGCCUUAGGAUGAACAGUGCCCGACAAUUGUGCACGUGCAGAGACGUUGCUGCAGGCAUUUGCGCGUAGGAUGGAGAAUCGUCAGUCAUUGCAACAAGCAUGACUCUUAAAAGUUAUCACAUAAGCCAGCAGGCCUGCCUUGCCUUAACAGACAAGAACAAACUGUUUUUCUUAGAAAGACAGCUAGUCACAAAAUGGCGUGUGUACUUUUUACGCUCGACGAGUUUCAUCAUGACAAUGCCCGUGGGGACACCUUGUGCGGCAGUGAUUGCGACUGGACAAUGUCAGGCCAGUUUCUUCCCGGCACGCUGCUUUCAGGAAAGCGGACGUGCAGAGUAGGUUUCUGUUGCGAUGAGGGUGGAAAGAUGUAUGCUUGCUGCUGUGUUACUAGUCCAUUCAUCAAACCUUUGUGAUAGCUUGUCCAGGCAUAAGAUAUAAUAUUGCACUGCGUGUGUGUGUGUUCCACAUCAUACCUCUGUAAGCAUGGUUAUUUUUGCAAACUAAUCAGAGUUGUCUGCACUAACUUGCACAAACAGGAUGCUCAUACAGAUGUACAUCUCCAUAGAAUCUCUAUGCCUCUGGUGUAUAUUUUUUUUUUCUGGGCAGUUGUUUAAACGUGUACAGUAGAGCUAUCAUUUUAUGUAUGUUGACCAUUCCUGAAGAUAUGUGAGUGCAAGUUGUAACAUAAACAGGUGCAUGCAAAGUGUUAUAUAUAUUGUUAAAAAGAAGGCAGCACGACUCUACGAAAGCAUGUAAAUAGUCAUUGCACUGGCUUUUUUUAUUACUGCUAUAUUGUUCAGAAUCCAUCUAGAUGACUUAGCCAGGGUGCAGUGCAAAUGUUAAUGCGCAAGUCUUUCGAACACAUAGCGUUGUCUUAUUUGCCUCAACGGCGCGAACAUAAUGCACAAUUCUUGUGAUGACGCAGCAUUAUGUUGGUUGCUUCACCGUGUUUUUCUCUUCAUGUGCUCUUGUGCUUCCAGUAUGUUUUGAGAAAGUGACGUGCAGUGACAUUAAUAUGUUGGGUUGCAAAAUAAAUGUGAUUUCUCAGUUA